UUUUCCUCUGACUUCCAUUCCUAGUCAGCUGAGAGCACUGGGUGCGCGUUGCAGCUGUCGUCUCCUGGCGGAGCCCAAACUGCACGAGCGAGCGUUCCACAGCCCCCUCAGUGCCUGGACUGCAAGUAGUGGGAAGCGGAGGGUUACCGACAGCCCUAACAAGCUUCGGUGAGAACCAUGCCGUCCUAUGUCACAAGGCAGAAGACCAGACAAACUUUCUCAUGGGUUGGCAGGCCAUUGCCGAAUCGAAAACAGUUCUACCAAAUGUACAAAGAAAUUUGUAUGAAAAUCAAUGGUUGUUCUGAGAUUCACAUCAAGGUUGGACAGUUUGUAUUGAUUCAAGGGGAAGAUAAUCAAAAGCCCUAUGUUGCUAAACUGAUUGAAUUAUUUGAAAAUGGGUCUGAAGUUCCUCCCAAGAAAUAUGCGCGAGUACAAUGGUUUGUCCGAUUCUGUGAGAUUCCUAUCCCUAAAAGGCAUUUGUUAGGACGGAGACCUUCUGCACAGGAGAUAUUCUGGUAUGACUGUUCUGACUGUGAUAACGACAUUCAUGUGGAGACCAUCAUUGGCCCUGUUCAGGUAGUGGCAUUAGCCCCAGAAGACGAGAUCCCUGUGAAUCAGAAAAGUGAGGAGACACUGUUUGUGAAGCUGUCCUGGAAUAAAAAGAACUUUGCGCCACUGCCACCAGAAGAACUUGCAGCAUUGAGGAGACUGGAGUGCCAAAAACCUUUAGAAGCCAAGACUAAGAGUGUUAAAAGCCCUUCCUGGAGCACAGCAGAACAAGAGGUCAAAAGGAUUGAAUCAAGUCAUUCCACUUCCAGAUCUUACCAGGAUCCUGCUCAUACUGUCACUCCCAACGCAAUGAAGUCUCUGGAAUGUGGUGGUUUUACCAGGAAGCCUAACAUGAGGCUGUCACGGAAGAUCUUGUGUGAUUCCUUGGAUUCUCAAAAAACAUGUAAACGAAGAGCAGCCUUCUCUGAGACCACCUCACCACCUAAAAAGCCUCAACCUGGUGAAAUCAAGACCUCCUCAGCUUUGGAAACUCUAGGAAAAAAUGGGCAUACUCAACCCUUUUUUGCCAAAAGUAGCAUGGUUCUGAGAACCCGGGGCACAGCUGUGAAGACCACAAAGCUUACUGUGGAGAGUGCACUUAGCCCUGUCAGGAGCAGGUCGAGGUACUCAGUGGCACCCUCUGUGGGUCUGACACCUCAAUACAUUGGGAGGAAGGCAAAAGAACAAGAAACUCACAAAGAACCCAUCCAUACUUCUAUUCGUGCCCGUAGAAGGAGUUCUCUCUUGACUUUGAAGCGGAUUAAGCAACAGCUUUGGCUUCUAGAUGAUGAUAAAAGUGACCAAGAAGAGGAAGAGUCCAUAUCCUCUGUGGAAGUGUCAGACUCCAGUAGUGAGGAGGAAGAUGAGUCUGUUCCCUCCCCUCCAACAGGAAAACCCGUGGGGCAGUCCAGGACCCGGAGAACUGCCUCUAAGCCAUCAUCACAGACCCCCUCCAAGUCACCAAAGAAAACUUUUAGACCUAGACCACCUCUUCAUGCUACUCCUCAGAUCCGAGACAGAAACUUGGCUGUCCAAGAGCCAGCUAGUGUGCUUGAAGAGGCCCGGCUCAGGCUGCAUGUUUCUGCCGUGCCUGACUCUCUUCCCUGUCGAGAGCAGGAGUUCCAAGACAUCUACAGCUUUGUGGAAAGUAAACUUCUUGAUGGAACCGGAGGGUGUAUGUACAUUUCUGGGGUCCCUGGGACAGGGAAGACAGCCACUGUGCAUGAAGUCAUACGCUGUCUGCAGCAGGCAGCACAAACAAAUGAUGUUCCUCCCUUUGAAUACGUUGAGGUUAAUGGGAUGAAGCUGACAGAACCCCACCAGGUCUAUGUGCAGAUUUUACAGAAACUGACAGGCCAGAAGGCAACAGCUAAUCAUGCAGCAGAACUGCUGGCAAAGCAAUUCUGCAGCCGAGGGUCCCAGAAGGAAACCACUGUGCUGCUUGUGGAUGAGCUUGACCUUCUUUGGACUCACAAACAAGAUGUGUUGUACAACCUCUUUGAUUGGCCUACUCACAAAGGAGCCCGGUUGGUCGUGUUGACUAUUGCCAAUACCAUGGACCUUCCAGAGAGGAUCAUGAUGAACCGUGUGGCUAGCCGCCUGGGCCUCACCAGGAUGUCUUUCCAACCCUACUCUCACAGCCAACUGAAACAAAUCUUAGUGUCCCGACUGAAGCAUUUAAAGGCCUUUGAGGAUGAUGCCGUCCAGUUGGUAGCCAGAAAGGUAGCAGCCCUUUCUGGAGAUGCCCGGCGCUGCCUGGACAUCUGCAGGCGUGCCACAGAGAUCUGCGAGGUUUCCCAUCAGCGUGGUGACUCUCAGUGCCUGGUGACUGUGGCCCACUUAAUGGAAGCUAUAGAUGAAAUGUUUUCCUCAUCCUAUAUUACUGCCAUCAAAAACUCUUCUGUCCUGGAACAGAGCUUCCUGAGAGCCAUCAUUGCGGAAUUCCGUCGAUCAGGACUGGAGGAAGCUACAUUUCAACAGAUAUACAGUCAGCAUGUGGCUCUGUGCAGAAUGGAGGGACUGCCUUACCCAACCAUGUCAGAGACCAUGGCCGUGUGCUCGCGUCUGGGUUCUUGCCGCAUUCUUCUGGUGGAGCCUAGCAGGAAUGACCUACUCCUUCGAGUGAGACUCAAUGUUAGCCAGAAUGAUGUGCUGUAUGCUCUCAAAGAAGAGUGAAGGACUUAACAAACUUCUGCUUUUCCUCAAAGAGCUUUAUUUUUCUUCAGAACAUGGAAUUACAGCAAAAUAUGCAGGAUGGAAAUUGUAGAUUUGUCAUUUUCCAUUAUUUAUUUUGCUUUUUCUAAAGUGCUUGAGAAGUUUAUGGUAACAUACUAUGUAUAUGAAGAUAUGUAUACAGUAUACUUGUAUCUAUGUGAAAUAGUUCUGGGAGAAUUUGUAUGAAAUUAGGUACACUGGUUGCCUCUGGGAAAUAGCCUGGUGGUUGGGUGGGAGGCUAGAGGAAGUCUUUAUUUUAUGCUAUAAUGUAUUAGAUUUUGAAUGAUACAAAGUAAAAUUGAUUUUUAUAGAAAAAAAUUAGUGUGUUUUGGGGUGCAUCACACUGACAAUGCCCCUUGCAUGCAGGCAGUACUGGAUUCAUUUCCCAGUGCCUUGUCCUUCAUGGGGAACAUCAUGUAAUCUCAGAAUUUGGGAGGCUGAAGCAGGAGGAUUACUGCUGGCUUGAUGCUAGCCUUGGCAGCCUACAAGAUACUAUUUGAAAAAACCUAAUAAAGAAAAAAUAGUGUAGAAAUAGAUACAAAGUUUUGCCACACACGUGACAGGCUUGCUCUUGCGGAGGGCCUGCAUUCUGAUCCCAGCACCCAAGAGCAGCACACAGCCAUCUGUCACUCUUAUUCCAGGGUGUCUGACACCUUCCAAUGUCCCCAAGCAUGUAUGCAGCAACACAUACACAUGCAGGAAGGCAAGCAAACACUGAUUUAUAAACCAAAGUUACUACUUAAAAAAACCAAUCAUGCUGACACAGUAGAAGCUACUUAGGAGGUUCAAGGGCUGGAGAGAGGGCUCAGUGGUUAAGAGCACUGACUGCUCUUCCAGAGGUGCUGAGUUCAAAUCCCAGCAACCACAUGGUGGCUCACAACCAUCUGUAGUGGGAUCUGAUGCCUCUUCUGGCAUUCAGGUGUACAUGCAAGUAGGGUACUAAAUACAAAAAUUUAAAAAAAAAAAAAAAGGAGGUUCAGUAAGGAUGUGCUCUGAACUGCAGACACAACUCAUUGGUGUGCUGAGAUCCUGUUCACCCCACACUGCCAUAAAUGGGACAUGGUGGUACACCUGCCAUCCCAAAACAUGGGAGCUAGACACAAAGAUUAGAUAGAGGUUAAAGGUUGUCCCCAGCAACACAAGUUAAAGGCUAGCUGUUUGCUUUCUAUUGCUGCAACAAAGACACUAUAACCAAAGCAACUUCAGGACAAAGGGUUUGAUUACAUAUUCUGGCCACAGUCUUACCAAAAAACAAAAAAGCAGCACACCAAUCUAGGCCCUGUGUUAGAAGAAAAGCUGGGGAGGUCUGGUUACAAAGCAUGUUCAAGGUAUCUUAGCAAGAGCCAGUCUUAAACUAAAACUUUUAAGAUGGUGUCUUCAUUAGCCCUGGAACUACCUGUGUAGACCAGGCUAGCUUCAGAGCUCCACCUGUCGCUGCCUCACAAGUGUGGGGAUUGAAGGCAUGUGCCAUCCUCGAUGGCUCAGUGGAAGAGGGCUUGCUGACCAUAUGGGAGGUUCUGUGUUCCUUCCACGUCACUAGAGAAAUACGAUACCCAGAGUGCUGCUUAGGGGAUUCGUGAGAUGAGUGUGAUAAUGUCUGCGAUUAGUCUCCAAAUAGUUUAGAGAUUUGUAUGUCCGAGGCCUGUAAUCCCAGCUACUCAAAAGUUAAGAUGGGAUUAUAAACACAAGGCCUAGACUGUAACAGGGAGCUCAAGGUCAGCCUGAGCAUCUUAGUGAGACCCUGGCUCAAGAAAAUAGAGGCCUGGGAUACAGUUCUGUGGUAAAUUGACCCGGCAUGCUAGAAGCCCUAGUCUAUACUCCUUUACCAUAUCCUAAUAAAACUGAAUUGAGGACCCCUAUCAGGGUAUUUUAAAGGACUAUUUUGUAUGUAUAAUGUUUUAUCUGCAUCAGUGAGUAAGUGCCACCCAUGUGCACUCAGAGACCAGGAGGGGCCAUCUGAUCCCCCUAAAGCUAGUUACAAAUGUGUGAGCAGCUAUGUGGGUGCUGGGAACUAAAACUACACAAAAGCAAGUGCUCUUAACGGCUGAGCCACCUCUCCUCCCCAUAUCAAAAAUAUACUUCCACAGUUAACCAAAAGGAAGAGCAAAGAUGUCCUUUAUAGAAGAAAAAUGAAUGAUAAGGAAACAGAUCAAAGCCAUGAGUCUAAAGGCCAAGAUGGGGGUUCUUUUAGAUGAUCUAAAUUUAGUUUCUAGAACUGAAGUCAGGCGGCUCACAACUGCCUCUAACUCCAGCUCCAGGGUACCUGACACCAUCUUCCAGACUCUAAGGGCACUUGUACGCAUGGACACCUACACAUAGAUCCACAUGUAAAUACAUCAUCAAAAAAAUUUUUAACUUUUAAAAAUCAUGAAAUUUGAUGGGGGCGAUAGCUCACAAUGUUUAUGGCAAAAGCACAAGAACUGGGGUUGGUCCAGUGGUAGAGCGCUUGCCUAGCAAGUGCAAGGCCUUGGGUUCGGUCCCCAGCUCUGGAAAGAAAAGAAGAAAAAGAAAAAAAAAAAAAAAAAAAAAGCACAAGAACCUGAGCUGGAUCUAGUUUCUAGAAUGUUAAUUGUAGGUACAACUUCUUCUGGGAACCUCCAUUGACAAAAUAGAACUGUCACAUGACCCAACAAUAUACACCCAAACAACUAUAUCCUGUCAUAAAAUUACUUCUGGCCAUCAACAGAUUUGUCUGUAAAGAAAAAUGAAAUUAGGAAGUCUGCAGGAAAAUGGAUGGAUCUAUAAAAUACAUUGUGAUAAUACUGCACGUUGUCUCGUGGACGCCAGCUUUUAAAUUAUUUACUCAUCACACAGUGAAACUCUCAAAACAAGGACAACUCCCAAAACAAAGAACUUUGCCAACACAAACAACCCACCACUUGGAGAGUGGGAUGUGGCUCAGUGACUAACAGUGCUUGCUCUCUAAGCAUAACGGCAUGUUUGAACCCCCAGAACCUACACAAAAAGCUAGACAUACAGGGACUGAGGAGAUGACUCAGUGGUUAAAGAUACUUGUAGCUCUUGCAGAGGACCCAGGUUAGAUUCCCAGCACCCAUGUGGCAGCCUACUACCAUCUUUAACUCUGGUCUCAGGGGAUCUGAUUCCUCAUGGCUUCCAUGGACACUGCACAUAUAUGAUGUACUUUCAUAAAUGCAACAAAACGCUUGGAAACGCACACACCAUAUACACACAAAUAAAAGCAGAAAACAAAAACGGAGGCUGCAGAGAUGGUUCAGCACAUGGGGUAGCUCACAAGACACUAAUACUGUUUGUUAGUUUCCUUGACACAGGGAUUCUCUGUAUAGCCUUGUCUAUCCUAGAACUCCCUCUGAAGACCAGGCUGGCCUUGACCUCCAUCUUUUUGUUUUUUAAUAUGAAUUUAAAAGGAGGGGGAUCUGAUGCCCUCUUCUGGCGUGCAGGUGUACAGGCAGACAGGGCACAUUUCAAAAAAAACAAAAAAUAGAGCUGGGCGAUAUUGCAUGAGUUUGUGACCCCAGCAUUGGGAAGAGGAGACUGGGGAAUUCCAGAGCUCGCUGAUCAGCAAGACUAAGCUCAAACAGCCUCUAGUUCAGUGAGAGAUCUUGUCUCAAGGAAAUGAGGUGGAGUAUGGACCGUGGAAGAUGAAAACACAAGGCCCUCCAUGCGCGUCAUACACAUAGGCAACAUACAGUCAUGAAUACAACCCCAAACCCAUUUCUUUAUCCUCUGAACAAGAAAAAUAGCCUCUGGGAAAACUCUGUGUAGAGACCUAAGAAAACAGUGUAAAGUUUACUUCAGCACAUAAUUUGGCACAAAGGUGAUUCUUUGCCAUUAUCUGCUUGCAUUUGGAGAGUUUUCUUCUGCACUGGUCCCUCUGGUCACUAUCCUCUCUUAUCCCUCCUGACUCUAUUAUUAUACACUGUCUUCUACAUUAUUCUCCAUUCUCAUUUGAGCCUGUGUGGGGCCAGCGUGAGUGUCCUGUAAGAGGACAGAUACUCAUUGAGAAGGAACUGUUGCAGAAUGGGAGAUAGGAGUCGGUGGCCACACCUCGUGUAAUUUACUAGAACUAGGAGGUGGUUCCACCGCUAGCAGCUCAGCAGGCCCAUGGGUGUGAUGCCUGCGCUGUAUAGAUGCAGGCAGGACUACAAGUUCCAUGUCAUCGUUCAUUACAAAUCAAAUGUGAGGUCAGGUUUGAGCACAUGAGACUGUUUCAAACAAACCAGCCAGGUGGUGGUGGUGGUGCACUCCUUUAAUCCCAGGAGUGGAUUUUAUACUCAGGAAGUAGAGGCAGGUAUGUCUCAGUGAGUUCAAGGCCAGCCUGGUCUACAAAGCAAAUUCUACAACAGCCAGGACUGUUACAGAGAAACCCUGUCUUGAAAAAACAAAACAAAAGACAAACAAAUGAAAAACCCCAAACCUAUAGGAAUUAAUGUCUACUGUGUAUUAUUGGUGUGGGUUGAUUUGAAUGUCAGAGUGCAGUCAGGCCUGCAUCUGUGUAGGGUCAGAGGACGACAAUUGGGAGUUACCUUACUGAGGCAGUUUGUUUACCAGACCGAGUUGUCACUAUGUUGCCUAGAACCAGACCAGGCUGCCUCUGCCUCCCGAGCGCUCUGACGUAACGCAUGCACCACCAUGGGGGUUGCACAACUCUUCUUUCAAUUAGAACUGAAGCCUGCAGUCUCUCCAUGAAGUGAGACUGUGCAUGUGACGUGGGGAAUCUUGGGGUUCGGUCCACCUGCGGGUCAGUUCCAUCAAUUCCGAUAUAUCAGGGCUCCUUGAGGUAGAGGCGGCCCUUCAGCCUGCAUCGAUGCUCUUGUCUCAGUUAGAGAGCUUUGGUUCCUCUAAACUCAAGCUUUGUUCUGCCCUCUGACUAGAAAAGAGCUCUAUUUCCCGGAGAGCUAAUUUUCCGAGCCUAGGAUGCACAGAAUGGGCAGCGAGGAAGCCGCAUCCUCCAGGAUCUCCAUACAGGGACUCGGCCCGGCUACCUUGUGGUACCCAUUAGGAAGCGGAAGCCUCGCGGCGAGCGAAGAGAGCUAGGGAGGAGGCCUCUCGAAGAAACUACGUCAGGGUGGGGAACGCCUACCGUGUGUGAAGGGCGCAAGACGCCAAACCUCACAACGCCGCCGUCAGCCAGUAUCGCGUUACCUGCUGGAAGUGUCUGCUCACAGCCAGCCCCACCCAAGGCGUCACCUGUGGGCGCGCCC